CGAAGCAAUAAGGUAGGGGACGGAUGGGUCCAUCAGAGACACACAGACACACAGACACAAGAUGCAUCAAUCCUCCAUCUUCAAUGUAGGCUAGCCAAGGAAGCCUCUAUCAAAGCCCCGCCCGCCAGACACGCUUCUAGCGCUGCUCAACUCAGACACCACUCGGGGCGUCGACACACCCCGCACGGACGGCAGUGGGGAAAAGGGCACCACAAUGCUCCCAGGAGGCGCAGCCGGCGGCCUGGCCGGCAGCAUCGCCACCACAGGGGCAUGAGCACGGGCAUGAUACCUCUGCUGUGCUGGCGGUCCCGUGGCCUGCCUCUGCACCCAUGGUGGCGGCAUCUGUUGCUGCUGGUGAUGCUGCUGCCACACAGACUGCAUUGGCAUCAGCUGUGCCCCCUCCCCUCUUGGCUGCUGGUGGUAGAUGGCGUGCAGGACGGCCUCUACGGGGGGGAAGGCGGGGAUGGAGAGAGUGCCGGGCGGGGGCGGUUUGAGCUCCAGGCCAGUGGGUGCACGCGCCAGGGACGACGAGGAAGGGACAGGGGGCGGGGGAGAGCUGGGCUGCUGCUGGUCAUGGUGCUGCUGCUGGUGCUCUUCGCAAGGGGCGGUCUCGUCCUCUGCUUCUGACUCGAUGUCGGACACUGCACAGAAAAGAGGACCGUUUGGAGAGCAGAUUGAUGUGUCUCGUGUCGGUACUUACGUGAUAUGUCAAAGUUGAAACGGAAGUGGUUGAAUGCACCCUCUCCGCUGCCCUGGCCAGCUGCCACUGCCUUGCCCUCUUCCCUCUCUCCCCUCCCAUCCUGCCCCAGAUGGUCCUUCUUCCCGCCACGGUCACUCUGCACGACAACCCCCCUGCGUGGCGUCCGCCCCCGGCCGCGAGCCGUCACAGGGCUCCGCGGAGACGCGCUCGCAGAUCGCGAUCGGCUGCCCCUCGAUGCUGGCUUGGAUGGCGGGCUCUUGAGGGGUGGAGGUGGGUUUUUCUUGCGAUGGGUCGCCGGGCGGUCGCGUCGUUUCUUGGGUACAUAGAUGAUCGCCUCUUCCGCCUCUUGUUUGUCACGCCCUUUUCUCCCCCCAUGCCCGCCGCGGCUGCCGAGCAGCUCGUCCAGUCGGCGCGAAGAUGAGGAGGCAAUGCCAGCCUGGGCUCUCUUUUUUCCGUCGUCCCUGCGAGAGCGGUCCUUGACAUGCUCGUCGACUGCUGCUGGUGGUGGGGGGACGGGCCAGUCGAUGGGCUGCCUGGGCGGCUCGGCGGUGGUGAAGUCAUUGUCAGCCGUGACGAGCUCGAAUGGCAAGGGGGGCUGCGCGGGAGACGGCUGUUGGUGCUGUUGCUGGUACUCUUGCUCCUCUCCCCCUGCCUCCUCUCCUCUCGCCUGUUGGGUGGCUGGCCUUGGGGGAUCGACGGACGGUGGGGGUAGGGGCGAGGGAGGACCUGGUGCCUUGAUGGCGGCGGAAGUGUGGAGAAGCUGCGACAGCAUGUCGUUCAGCUCCUGCUCGUGGCGGCUGAUCGACCAACCAAAGAGGAAAGACAAAAAUGCAGUUGGUCGGUUGUGUGCUGAGAGACAUGUUUUUGGCGUUUGCAUGUUCCCGACCGACCUUGUUGUGUCCUUGAUCUUCUGCGCCAUGUCAUCGCGUUCCAUCCAGAAAAGCAUAGAGAGCCGUCGGCAUUCGGCGUCAGUCUCGGCCUGGCAGACAAAUAUCCCCCCCACACACGUGGGGAUCCACACCGUCUGGCUGUUCAUGAAAGCCCUCUUCCAACCUUACCCUGUCCAUCAUCUUCUGUCUCUUCUUCUCCUCUCGCCGCUCCCUCUCCAGCAGAUCCAACAACUCGCCGUUCUGCAGCCGACGCAGCUCCUCAAGGCAGCUACUCGGGUCACCCAAGACCUCACCCUCACCCUCAUCUCUGUCUACCCCCUCGCGCCCUCUUUCCCCCUCUUUCACGUUGUCCGCACCGUCGUGGGCGGCCUCAUGCACCUGGAACUCGUCUAUUGGCGGCGGGAAUGUGCGUGUGGGGAUCAAGAGGCCCUCGUGCGGUGGGGAGGGCGGCUGCUGCUCGCGGAUGAGACGCUUGGUGGACGGCAGCCCGGAGAAACUCAUGGAUGCUGACGAGAGAAGGGCAGAGAGCAAAAAAGGGUACGGUGUAAUUUGUCGCGGGCUCAUGUUACCUUUGUGUUCAUGUUGUUUCCAUGGUGGUGGGUUCUUUUCCAGCCAUUCGCGGUACGGCUCGUGCACGACCUCCUGGGUGGUGGUAGCAGUGUCCUUGGCCGCCUUCUUCUUGACUGACGCGCCCCCGCCCUUCUCCUUGCGCACACGCACUAUCAAGCCCCUCUCCCUCUCCCCCCUCGCUCUGCCACUCCCCCUUUUCUCCUCCUCUGUCGGCCGCACCGUAGCCAUCUCCCCAUCGCGGCACGCUGCGGCAGCCACAGACGACAGCAGAGGGCUUUGGUCUUGCUUGUCCGGAAGCGGUGCCCGCGGAGUGCUCCCGUCGUCCUCCUUGACUGCGCCUGGGGGCGACUUGGGUGACUUGGGCGGCUUCCAUGCAAAUGUCCGCUGUGCGUCAUCCGCGUCAUCCACUUCGGUGGCGGUGUGGUCGGCGGGUAUCUGAGCUUGUGGGCGUGGCUGUGUGGCUGGUGACUUGGGUGGUGGGAGGGGCGAGGGAGAGGGGGGGCUGGAGGGCUCGAAGGUGAAGGCAUGAACUGAUGGAAGAGAAGAAGUGCCUUCACCAUUUCAUCGGAUGUGUGCACGUGAAUGGAUACCUGCGUCUACAGUAGCCUUUUUGACGUGCUGCAUGUGGUCGUGUAUGCGUUUCUUCUCGGCCUCGAGGGCCCGCCGCGCCUCAUCCUUAUCGCGCAGACGACGGUCACGCUCCUCACGCCAACUGCACAACACCCAUUGUUGUGGCGCUUUCAUGAUCUGAUGUUUUUCUCUUACCGUUCGAUACGCGACUGCUUCCACAUGACGGCCUCUUGCACCCGCUGCAACAACCAAUCGGCAGUCCGACAAUGAGCAGAUGACCAUUAAAAGAGAUGUGUGGCUGCCGAGUUUAGGCACCUCUUUCUGCAUCUCCUGCUCGAUCUCGCGAGAGCGCUUGACCAUGUCGCGCCGAGCCUGCAGACACAAACGGACCUCCCUAGCGUGUGACUGGCCAUUGUGUGUGUCUUUGUGUGUACCUCUCUCUGUUGGCGGGCGAUCUGUCGGUGCUGCUCUGACAUGUCCUGCAACCUGAUCAAACAGGAACACAAAGACCACAAUACAAGUCCUCCCCCCUUCCAUCCGUCGUCCGUCUGUACCUCUUGAUAUUCCGUUCCCUCUUCUGCACCACAAGUUGGUUCUUGAGUGCGGCCUCGAACUUGCGCCGCUCCUCCUCUAUCUGACGCGAUGCCAGACGCUCGCUGCGGCACAGCUCACGCGACGUGCGGGCCUCCACAUCCUCCACAGACAUCACCCAGGGACUACUGCAGCACAUAGUGCAACAGACACAUGUUGUGUGUAGGGGUGUUUGUACCUUGAAUUUGGUGCGGGGCGGCUGGUGAGCGAUGGUGUGCCCAUCAGCGAUGCCCCGGUGCCCCUCUCCCUCGACGAGUGGCGAACACGACUCCCAGGGCGCCUGUCGAUGGAGCCGCUAAGGCUGAUGAGGAAGGAAACGAACAGACCCAGGGAUGAAUGAUAUGGGGACCUCUUUGAUGGAAUGGUGUGUACCUGGCUAUGGACGCAUCGAAUGCAGGCUCGGCCUCAUGCUGGCCGAGGGGCGCCUCGUCCUCCUCAUAGCCGCCCUGUAUGGAUGAACGAGUGAAUUGCACAUGCACAAUUCACCCACAUCUGUCCAUUCAUCUGCAUCAUGAUGCGUGUGUUUGGUGUCGUGUGGUGUGUACCUACCGAGUAUCGUUUCUCCUGUCUGUAGGUCUUGAGGGUCUCCUCUCGCGCCUCGGCACGCUGCCGGUACUGCUCGGCCUCCUCCUGGUACAUCAUGAUGGACACGUCCAAGUGAGCUGCCUGUGGAACAGAGACCACACAUCUUUGAUGCAUCGCUGCAUCUUUCUUUGUGUGUUGACCCACCUGCUGCUCAAGCUGCUCCACGAGGUCCUUCUUGCGUUCCUGGGCCAGCUCUAGCCGCUGCUGGAAGUACCCACAAUGCGUUUCGUAAUGCUCUACCAACGUCGCCAUCGCACCUGCGCGCCACGGAAACAGAAGAUAGACCAAUUCAGGCACCAUAAAUGAUUGCAGCCAUCAUGAUGUGGCCAUCCUGCCGUCGCUCACCCUGCAGAUACUUCUCAUCACGGAUGACUAGGUCCAGGUCUUGCGCCGUCCAUUGCGAGGCCAGAGGGGCGGAGAGCGAAGGAGGCUGGGGAACCCCUGGGCCAUCCUGAAGGCCAUUCGCCGCCAUUUGCUCCCACGAGGGACC